UUGACGUGUGUUGUUGUGUGUCAAGGCCUCAGCGUAUCCUGAAAAAAUACACGAUUCAGAACUUGGUCGUGUUAAGUGACUCUCAGUGAAUUUUUUGUUUACGUGACGUUUCAUUUUGACGAUAUAGUGACUUGUAAGUGCGAUUUUGCGCGGGAUUCCUCUUCAUUCUUUAGUCGAGGCUAAUGGAUCCCAACAAGACGAGUUGAGCUUCUGAGUGAAACAUGAAGCGCGCCGCCAUUGCGUUUUGGCGCGAACUGCCUAUCGCUGUCACUUUGACGUUUGCCAUUUUGGCAGGCGUUUCAGCCAGGGACAUCGUUUUGGAUGACGCAUACGCUGUUAUAGAAGCGCCUACGAACGAGAGGCUGCGUCUAAUCUGUGGCCUGAAGCCAAGAAAUCAGUUACCAGCCGUGAGAUGGUACUUUGAUGGAAAACCAAUUGAUUAUCAAAGUAGGACGCGGUUAGUUCAGCAGAGGCAAUGGUUACGAAUAAAAGGAUUUCGUGCAAAGGACGCCGGUGUUUACGCUUGUCAGAACGAAGAAGAUAAUACAAAAGAAAUGAGCGUCACCAUCAAACAUAAGCGUGAUCUGGGAGAUAUUGAAGAAUACCAAGCAGACGACAGUCAACGACCUAUGCCAGAAAUAUUAGCACAGCAUUCAGCUCAAUUAGUCGACAACAACACCAUCGUAGAAACACAUAGAGAAUACGACGUAAAAGAUGAUGAUCUAGACGAGAGGAAUGAAAAAGAACAUCUUAACUAUGGACACGUGGAUAACACUAAAUCGAAAUAUUCACCGAAAUUUAAGCAUCCAUUGAAAAUGUUUAAUAUGGAAAUGAAACCCGCUGGAAGCUCUAUUCGGUUCAAAUGUGCUGCUGAAGGUAAUCCUAUGCCGAACAUAACGUGGUAUAAAAAUAAUGUGACGCCGAUAUCCAGGAGUUACUUCAAACCAUCUUAUGGUAAAUGGUCCAUGUCGUUGGAUGAACUGACCAAAGCUGACAAUGGUAAUUACACUUGCAAAGUUUGCAAUGAAUUAGGGUGUGUUCAGCAUACAUACUCCCUUCAUAUUCAAGAACGACUAUACGCAAAACCGGUGCUAACACAAGGCGCCGUCAAUCAGACGAAGCUCGUUGGCCAAACGGCGAAAUUCAGCUGCGAAUUCCUCUCAGACCUACAUCCGUCUGUUUAUUGGAUGUAUUUUAAUAAACACGAGUACAUUUAUAAUGAGUCUACUUCGGACCCGGCUAGCAAAGAGCUGAUCGUGUAUAAUGAUGUAUCUAAAGUCGUUCUGACGGAAAAUCCUUCAGACAUGCCAGAACAGCUAACCAUUUACAAUGUAACUAAAGAAGAUGAAGGCUGGUAUGUUUGCGUUGCAUUGAAUUCAUUGGGCAAUACUACAGCCAAAGGAUAUUUGACUGUUCUUGAUUCAUUUCCCGUACCAGAAGCACUAGACCACGGCAAGCACACGCUGCUCAUAAACAUUCUAACAGCAGUACUAGGCGCAAUGUUCUUCGUAGCAGCGAUCAUAGUGGUGAUGAUCUUCAAGAAGCUGAAGCAGGAAAAGCUGAAGAAGCAGUUAGCGAUUGAAACAGCUCGAGCAGUGAUAGUCACACACUGGACAAAGAAGGUCACGGUGGAGAAGCCGCAGAUGAACGGGGAACAGGUUGCGAGUGGAGAGGGUUUGCUCAUGCCAGUAGUCAAAAUCGAAAAGCAGAAGCUGUCCCAAGUCCAAAACAAUACGGAAUCAAUGUUGAUGUCGGAAUACGAGUUACCCGUGGACAUAGACUGGGAGGUCCCGAGGGAAUCUCUCUCUCUUGGCAAAGUGCUGGGAGAGGGAGAGUUCGGGAAAGUCGUGAAGGCAGAUUGUGUGGGGAUUGUGAAGCCAUCUGUGCAGUCUGUGGUCGCUGUUAAGAUGUUAAAAGAGGGCCACACGGACGCUGAAAUGAUGGCAUUAGUGUCAGAAAUGGAGAUGAUGAAGAUGAUCGGCAAACACGUGAACAUCAUCAACUUGCUCGGAUGCUGUACACAAGACGGACCUCUAUAUGUUAUUGUUGAAUACGCUCCGAAUGGCAACUUGAGAGAGUUCUUGAGGAACCACAGACCGGGCAAUAGAUAUGAAUCUCCAACUGAAGAUCUGAAAGAAAAGAAAACGUUAACGCAGAAGGAUUUAGUUUCAUUCUCUUAUCAAGUGGCGAGAGGCAUGGAGUAUUUAGCUUCAAGACGGUGUAUCCACCGGGACUUAGCCGCCCGUAACGUGCUAGUCUCAGACGACUGUGUGCUCAAGAUCGCGGACUUCGGUCUCGCCAAGGACGUGCACAGCAACGACUACUACCGCAAGAAGACGGAGGGCCGCCUGCCCGUGCGGUGGAUGGCGCCCGAGUCGCUCUACCACAAGGUGUUCACCACGCAGACUGACGUCUGGUCGUUCGGCGUGCUGCUGUGGGAGAUAAUGACUUUGGGCGGCACGCCGUACCCCACAGUGGCGGGGCAGUACAUGUACCAGCACCUCAGCGCCGGACACCGCAUGGAGAAGCCGCCCUGCUGCAGCUUGGAGAUUUACAUGUUAAUGCGGGAAUGCUGGUCCUUCUCUCCAGGCGACCGACCCUCCUUCACAGAACUGGUAGAAGACCUGGACAAGAUCUUAACAGUCACAGCGAACCAGGAAUACCUGGAUCUAGGUCUCCCACAGUUAGACACCCCACCUUCAAGUUACGAUGGCUCUGGGGAUGAAAGUGACAGUGAAUUUCCUUUUAUAAAAUAAACUAUUGGUAUAGGAUUACAGGAUUUUGAAGGGAACAUUUCAAUUUUGGAGUUGGACAUUGAUAAUACUGGAGCAUGCUCUAUGAAUUAUUGCGUGGUUGUCUUUUGCGUAUUCAAGAUGGUUUACUUUCUGCGGUUAUUGUGCUGGCUGGACUUGAGAUAGUAACUUGUAUUUCGAGUAAAGUAUUGUCAAUAGCAAAUACUUAAGUUCAAAAGUUUAAGCGACUGAAAAUACUUCUUACUUGAGCACAGAGUAUUUCAUAUUUGUACAUGACAAUAAAUUAAUAUAGUUUUUUAAUGUUAUAUAGUAACUGAUAUAAGCAUAAUGAAAUUCGAUGAUAGUAAAAUGAUAAAUUAUUUGAAAAUGAUCAAUAUAUGUGAUUGUCAAGUACGAUAAUCUUUUUGCUUAUUGAUCAUUCAAGAAAUUCGAUUUAUUUCUUUAGUUAUGUACCUAUACACUAUUUAAAUACCUCUAGCACGAAAUGUAAAAAAUUAAGUUCGAUUUCUGAUAAAAAUGCGGUGAAAACAUGUUUUUUCACAAUAAAAAUUAACUAAUUAAAUUGACUUCACUUCAAGUAAUUUAAGCAAUU